AUGGAUCAUCACGCCCCGCACAAGAAUGCCGUCUUUGAAGGUCAAUUGCUUCACAUAAUCCACACAAAAUGCGAUCGCUGAGAAAGAGACAGGCUACUAUAGCAAAUUCGAUCUACCGUCUGGUGCCCAUAUUACCCUCGUCGUCUGUACUGUGAAAGGAGCAAAGACCCGGCCUCACAUGCUGUCCUUCACUUACGUGCCUCGCGACAACGCCGCCCAGACGUACCAAAGGGAAAUUUGGCCGGACAAAAUCGACAUGACCAAGUCUGGAAAAGGCACCGGUUUCGUUCUUGAAAUACCUGAGAUAGGAUACGUGAAUUGGCAUGACGACGCCUCUGCAGAGUAUCGGCUCGCGCACCACGACUUCAUCUUUACAGCAAAGCAAUCAUCAGGCACACCCUGGUCCGAGACAGCGACCACGCCCGAAAGUCUUCUAGUGAACCUUCCUCUGCCUCUGCAUUGGCACGUUCAGUCGCUGGCCUCAAAUUGCACCUUUGAGCUGAGUAUACCGGGCUAUGAUUUAUCAGACGCAGAUUCUCUUGGCAAUGCUGUUGUCCAUGCAGAGAAGAACUGGGCAAGCAGCUUUCCUUCAGCUCACAUGUGAGUCCAGGUCUAUCACUCCUAUUAUCAGCCUCUGACAACCUGCUCUAUCACUCAGGUGGCUGCAGGCACGCGAAGAAGACCGAGGGUUUUGCUGUGCCGGUGGCCAGAUACUCGGCAUGGAAGCUUUCCUGCUUGGUUAUCGCAGCAAGAACUUGAGCAUCGACUUUCGGCCUCCCUGGGCAACGCGUAUUGCCGGGCUGAGUCCGUUCAUGACAUACAGUACAGAGUGGGAUGGACGCCGCUUCACGCUUAGUGUUCAGAGUCUGCGCAGCAAGAUCUGCGUCGAAGCGACUGCUCCGAAAGGUACCUUUUUCUCUCUCAGCUCACCGUUUCCAGAGGGUCACCGAGAGAAUUACCUGGGCCAGAGUUUCGAAGCCACCAUUGUCAUCAAAAUAUACGAAAGCGGCUUCUUCACUCCAUGGCGACUGGUCCUUGAGGACAGAUUCGAGAAUGCUUCUCUUGAAUUCGGGGGCGCCUAUUAUCCGCCGAGAGGUAGCAAGGAGCGAUUUCAUUAG